AUGGAAGUUGGCAACAUAACCACAGUCACUGGGUUUGUACUCCUAAGACUAUCCAGCAACCCUCAGAUCCAGGCAGUGCUGUUUGUACUGUUCCUGGUGAUUUACCUCCUGACCUUCACAGGGAACCUGCUGAUGCUGCUGGUGAUCAGAGCUGAUUCCCACCUCCACACCCCCAUGUACUUCUUCCUGAGUCACCUCUCCUUCCUGGAUGCUUUCUAUUCCUCUAUUGUUGUGCCUAAUCUGCUAGAGAACCUUCUUUCCAAGUGGAAGACUAUAUCCCUCCUUCAGUGUUUCACCCAGAUCUCCUUGGUCAUAUUUUCUGGAACCACCGAAGCUUGCCUCCUUUCAGUCAUGGCCUAUGACCGGUUCAAGGCUGUGUGCCACCCGCUAUUGUACAUGGUGGCUAUGAACAGGAAGGUAUGUACUGGCCUGGUGGGAGCAUCCUGAGCCAUAGGAAUAGGGACUAGCCUAGUCAACACCCUCCUCCUGGCUCAGCAGCGCUUCUGAGGCCCCAACCUCAUCCACAGUUUCUUCUGUGAGCUUCCCCCAGUGCUCCUGUUGGCCUGUUCUGACCCCUACAUUAGCAUUGCCUCCAUCCUGACCUUCAUGGGGGUCCUGGGCCUUGGCACCCUUGUCCUAUUGCUGGGUUCCUACACCCGUAUCAUCAUGACAGCCCUGAGGAUCAACUCUGCCACAGGUAGAAGCAAGAUCUUCUCCACGUGCUCCUCCCACCUAACUGCAGUACUCCUGUUUUGUGGUGCAGCUUUCCUUAGCUAUUUAGUACAAAAUUCAGUUUCACCAUUGGAGUUUAUCACCUCUGCACAGGGCAGUGUGCUCAGUCCCUUAGUGAACUCCCUCAUCUAUAGCUUGAAGAGCAAUGCAGUGAACGUAGCUAUGAGAAGGACCUUUAGAACAUAUCUCCAAUAUUUCUGGUAG